AUGCAGUUUUAUUCCAUUAUCUGCUUAAUUUUUUCCUUACUUGGUUGUGUUUUAUCUCUAAAAAAUCCUAUCUGUGGUGUUAAAUAUGAAGGCGUCGGCCCAUGUAAAAUGUUAAUUACGAAAAUCGUUUAUAUACCAAGCCAAAACAUUUGCAAGACGGUGCACAUAGGUGGAUGUUCAGCUAAAGGAACUUUCUUUAAGAGUAUUAAAGAAUGUGAAACAAGGUGCAAGGAAUAG